AUGUGCGGUAAUGUUGCCGAUCACUACAAUCUUGAUGCCAACAUCGCCCACACCAGCUGUGAAAAGGUUGAGGGCGGCGAGAAGUGCUCAUUCGUCUGUGCUGAUGGAAACAACAAGCCAUCCCAGGAUGUUUUCUGUGACGGACGAAAAUUCACUUUCACUGACUUCAAGGAGACUCCUAUCACCUGUAUUCCACCACCAGAUACUCAAUGUGGAAACCUUAUCGAAAUGCCAUUUGCUCCAUUUAUUCUCGACAGCAAACUUGUCUUCUUGUGCGAAGAGAAGAAGAUCAAGGGCGGUUACGUUGAGCAAUGUACUUUCCGAUGCGUUGAUGAUCCAGCUCAGAAGCCACUUAUGCUUUCUGAUCCAAACAGUCUUAACCCAAUCCAUGUUGCUACCAACCCUGGUCCAAUUGAUAUCUGCGAAGUCAAGGUCGACAAGAAGGGCAACGAACAGAUCUCCAUCAUUCCUGGAUCUAUCUCUGACUUCAUCAAGUGCGUCAAUCCACAUAUCUACACUGAUUGCGGUUCUGCUGAUGAUCCAUCGAUCUUCCAGCUCGGACCUGGUGCUAGCGUCAAGUGCGAAGACAACGAGUGUACUUUCAUCUGUCCUGAGGGAGAGAUCCCCGAUGUCGAGAAGGCCAAGUGCUACACUACCAAAUUCAACGGCAAGUUCGACUACACUGGUCCAGUGAACUGCGUGCCCAAGCCUUUGGACACCCCAUGUGGUGAUGUUCUCGACAACUUCAAGCUCGAAGAAGGCGGCAGCUACCAAGUUCUUGGCGGUGACAAACUCGUCGUCACCUUCUCUUGCCCAGAAGGAACGAUUGCUGCUGACUCAUUGGCAAUCUGCGACGGCACCAACUUCAACUUCCCAGUCGGCCACGCUAUUCGAUGCGUCGACAUCUAA